AUGUAUUUCAUUUCCAAUUUCACAUUUAUUUCCUCUCUAAUUAUCAUUCUAUUCAAUCCCAUCAACUCUCAGCAAUUCUACGAUAAUUCCAACUGUGCCUCAGAAUCACUAGUCCAUGGCUCCAAAUACACUUGCAAUUCAAAUUGCAGUACUUACAUUGUCUACAGAGCUCAACAGGAUUUUCUUACAAUCUCCUCCGUAGCUUCACUCUUCAACUUAACCGAAUCCGACCUUCGGGACGCCAAUCAUUUGAAAGAAGACGAUUCCCUAUCGCUCGGACGAGAGAUUAUAAUUCCUGUUAGCUGCAAUUGCAUUGGUGGAUUCUCACAAGCCAUCUUCAUCUACAAUUUCUCUGGCAGAGAUUCGGUUAAUGAAAUUGCCUGUGGUGUUUUUGAAGGGCUGGUGAAAGCUCAAAGCCUAGUUGAUAAUAAUCCAAGUUUAAUUAGAGGUAACAAUAAUCCUGAUAGGUAUCUGGUGAAUGUUCCUAUUCGAUGCGCAUGUCCUGAUUCGAAUCAGCUAAGAGUUGGUGUGAAAAAUCUUGUAACAUACCCUGUAUUGGAGGGGGAUCGUACUGGUUUAAUCGCGAGUAAAUUUGGAAUUUCUGAGAAAACUAUUUGGGAUGCUAAUAAUCUCGGAAAAUACGAUGCCAUUUUUCCUCAAACAACUUUGCUCGUGCCGACAGGUGGUGUUCCUGAUAUAAAUUGGAAUAUUAGUUCUGUGCCCAAUAACUCACCAGGUCCUACAGAAGCUAUCAGGAAAACUGAUCCUGCUGGCAAAAAUUCAAUCAAAUUGAAUUAUUCUCAGGUAUUUCUUGGAGCAGGCAUUUGUGUAGCAGUUAUUAGUAUGAUAUUAACUUGUGGGAUUCUGAUAUACAAUCGACGAAAGAAUCAUCCACGGGUUUUCCAACCUUUACCUCCCAGAAGUUCUCCGUCGCCUGAUUUUCUCCAGGGUAUGUCCAAGUUAAAGCAUUCAUUAAUCAAUUUCAGCUUGGAAGAAAUCACGAUUGCAACACAGGAUUUCAAUGAAAGCUCGAGGAUCAGUGCAAGAUUAUAUCGGGGUGACAUCGGUGGCAACACCUAUCUAACAAUUCAGCAAAUGGAUUCUGAGGAAGCUGCACAGAAUGUCAUAGACAUACUGACAAAAAUCAAACAUUUCAACAUUGUCAGACUCGAGGGUUUCUGCAACGAGAGUGAGCCUUAUCUCGUGUUUGAGUAUCCGAAGAACGGAAGCUUACACAAAUGCUUGUCAAACAUAGAAAUGAAUAGACAAUUCACAUGGGCAAGAAGGAUACAAAUUGCAUUUGAUCUAGCUACAGCCCUUCAUUAUCUACAUAAUUCAACAUCACCACCCUUUGUUCAUCAUAAUAUAAACAGUGAAAAUAUACUUAUAACUAUGAACUGGAGGGCUAAAGUUUCAGGAUUCGGUUUGGCUAAAUCUGUCGGUUACAAUGACAAACCUGUAAUAAUGGCAAGUGAAGAGAAUCGAGCACUUGAUGAUGAUCGGUACCUUACCAGCAAUCAGGUAUCUCUCAAGGUUGACGUGUAUGCAUUCGGAGUUGUUUUACUUGAAUUGGUAUCAGGAAAAGAGUUUAUCACAUACGGAAAAGUUCUGAUGAAUUCAGUGGAUUUAUUGCUUGAUAAAAAUCUCAAAAAUUCUUCGCAAUUUCUAGAGAAGUUGAGAAAUUUGAUGGAUCCAGGUCUGAAAGAGAAUUAUCCGAUGGGAGAUGCUAUAUGUUUAGCCCUAUUGGCAAAGAGUUGUAUUGAGGAGGAUCCUGAUCAUAGACCUACCAUGAAUGAUGUUCUGAUAGCUCUUUCAAGAAUUGUAUAA